GGCACCGGGGAGACAAGAGCAGACAUGCUGUGUGGGCUCAGCCGGGAGACCCCUGGAGAGGCGGACGAUGGGCCUUACUCCAAAGGAGGCAAGGACGCAGCAGGGGCUGAUGUGGCUCUGGCGUGCCGCAGGCAGAGCAUUCCAGAAGAGUUCCGAGGGGUCACCAUGGUGGAGCUGACCAAGAAGGAAGGCAGCACGCUGGGCCUGACCAUCUCAGGUGGCACCGACAAGGAUGGGAAGCCCAGGGUCUCCAACCUGAGGCCUGGGGGCCUCGCAGCCAGGAGUGACCUGCUGAAUGUGGGCGACUACAUUCGGUCAGUGAACGGGAUCCACUUGACCAGGCUCCGCCACGAUGAGAUCAUCACUCUGCUCAAGAAUGUGGGAGAGCGUGUGGUGCUGGAGGUGGAGUAUGAGCUGCCCCCGCCCGCCCCUGAGAACAACCCAGGGAUCGUUUCAAAGACAGUGGAUGUCUCCCUCUACAAGGAGGGCAAUAGCUUUGGCUUUGUCCUCAGAGGAGGUGCCCAUGAAGACGGGCACAAGUCCCGGCCACUCGUCCUGACCUACGUGCGGCCCGGCGGCCCUGCCGACAGGGAGGGCUCCUUGAAGGUGGGGGACAGGCUACUCAGCGUUGACGGGAUCCUGCUGCAUGGGGCCAGCCACGCCACUGCUCUGGCCACCCUGCGGCAGUGCAGCCAUGAGGCACUCUUCCAGGUGGAGUACGAUGUGGCCAUUCCAGACACAGUGGCCAACGCUUCAGGGCCCUUGAUAGUGGAAAUAACCAAGACGCCAGGGUCCGCCUUGGGGAUCUCGCUCACCACCGGCUCCCACCGGAACAAGCCAGUCAUCACCAUCGACCGCAUCAAGCCGGCCAGUGUGGUGGACAGGAGUGGGGCCCUGCAUGCCGGAGACCGCAUCCUGUCCAUCGAUGGCACCAGCACUGAACACUGCUCGCUGCUUGAGGCCACCAAGCUCCUGGCUAGCGUGUCGGAGAAAGUGCAGCUGGAGAUCCUACCUGCGCCCCAGAGUCGGCGGCCCCUGAAGCCCUCAGAGGCAGUGAAGGUGCAGAGGAGCGAGCAGCCACAUCGCUGGGACCCCUGCGUGCCCUCCUGCCACAGCCCCCGGCCCAGCCACUGCAGGACACCCACCUGGGCCACCCCUGCCAGCCAGGACCAGAGCCGAUCCUUGUCCUCAUCUCCCUUUUCCUCGCCGACCCUGAACCACGCCUUUCCCUGCACCAAUCCCAGCACCCUUCCUCGCGGAUCCCAGCCCAUGAGCCCCCGGACCACAAUGGGGCGGAGGAGGCAGCGAAGAAGAGAACACAAGAGCUCAUUGUCGCUGGCCUCCAGCACCGUGGGGCCAGGCGGCCAGAUUGUGCACGCAGAGACCACCGAGGUCGUGCUCUGCGGAGACCCCCUCAGCGGCUUCGGUCUCCAGCUGCAGGGAGGCAUCUUCGCCACCGAGACCCUGUCCUCCCCACCCCUCGUGCGUUUUAUUGAGCCUGACAGCCCGGCGGAGAGGUGUGGGCUGCUGCAGGUAGGGGACCGCAUCCUGGCCAUCAAUGGCAUUGCCACCGAGGACGGGACGAUGGAGGAAGCAAACCAGCUGCUGCGGGACGCGGCGCUGGCCCACAAGGUCGUGCUGGAGGUGGAGUUUGACGUUGCCGAGUCCGUCAUCCCGAGCAGCGGCACCUUCCACGUGAAGCUGCCCAAGAGGCGUGGCGUGGAGCUGGGCAUCACCAUCAGCUCGGCCAGCAGGAAGCGAGGGGAGCCCCUGGUCAUCUCCGACAUCAAGAAAGGCAGCGUGGCACACAGGACUGGCACCCUCGAGCCGGGCGACAAGCUGCUGGCCAUCGACAACAUCCGCCUGGACAACUGCCCCAUGGAGGACGCUGUACAAAUCCUGCGCCAGUGUGAGGACCUGGUGAAGCUGAAGAUCCGCAAGGACGAGGACAACUCCGAUGAACAGGAGACCACGGGUGCCAUCAGCUACACGGUGGAGUUGAAACGCUACGGGGGCCCCCUGGGCAUCACGAUCUCAGGCACAGAGGAGCCUUUCGAUCCCAUUGUCAUCUCGGGACUCACCAAGCGUGGCUUGGCUGAGAGGACUGGCGCUAUCCACGUUGGGGACCGUAUCCUGGCCAUCAACAGUGUUAGCCUCAAGGGCCGGCCACUGAGUGAGGCCAUCCACCUCUUGCAGGUGGCUGGUGAGACCGUCACCCUGAAGAUCAAGAAGCAGCUAGACCGCCCCCUCCUACCCCGCAAAUCGGGCAGCCUCAGCGAAGCCAGCGACGCGGAUGAGGACCCGCCAGAGGCGCUGAAAGGCGGCCUGCUGGCAGCCCGAUCCUCGUCCACUGUGCCCAGUGUGGACAGCGCAGUGGAGUCCUGGGGCAGCUUGGCCACUGAGGGUGGCUUUGGGGGCCCAGGUUCCUACACUCCGCAGGCGGCAGCCCGGGGCGUGACCCCCCAGGAGUGGCGGUGCAGCCGGCUGAGAAGCAGUCCCCCACCCACCGAGCCCCGGAGGACGAGCUACACCCCAGCCCCUGCCGACGAGAGCUUCCCCGAGGAGGAGGAGGAGGAGGACUGGGAGCCAGCAGCUAGCCCCACCCCUGGCCCCGCCUGCGAGGAGGGCUUCUGGCGCAUGUUCGGGGAAGCCCUCGAAGACCUGGAGUCAUGUGGUCAGUCGGAGCUGCUGAGGGAGCUGGAGGCAUCCAUCGUGACAGGCACCGUGCAGAACGUGGCCCUCGAGGGCAGGCCUGGCCACCGGCCCUGGAGGAGGAACCAGGAGAUACGAGCUUCCCCAGAAGAAAUGCAGGAGGUGCUGCUGCCGACACCCUUGGAGAUGCACAAGGUGACACUGCACAAGGACCCUCUACGGAGUGACUUUGGUUUUAGUGUCUCAGAUGGCCUCCUGGAGAAGGGCGUCUAUGUCCACACUGUGCGCCCUGAUGGGCCAGCUCAACGUGGGGGUCUCCGGCCCUUUGACAGGGUCCUCCAGGUCAACCACGUUCGCACGCGGGACCUUGACUGCUGCCUGACGGUGCCGCUCCUGGCCGAGGCGGGCGAUGUCGUGGAGCUGGUCAUCAGCCGCAACCCGCUGGCCCAGAGCAGCCGGGCCCCACGAGCACCGGGCCCCAGAGGCCCACGGAUGCUGUGAAGUCAGCACGUGGUCUGGACACCUGGGAAGAUCCUGGCACCCACACCUGCAGCCAGGCUGAAGAAGUGGCCACCCACUCGUCCAUCUGUCAUCUGGCAGGCUCUGACCAGACUCUCUUCUCCACAUCUGCGGCAACGGGGGCCCGGGCCCAGUUGCGGUGAUAUCGAGGUCUUUCUCCAGUUGGGCCUCCAAGAUGCCCAGUGCGGGGCCUGCCCAGUAGGGAUCGAGGCAGGCUGCUCAGCCGGCAGUACAGGGGCUGCCCCCAGUCCCUGCAGAACCCCUGGGAAGAGCGUCUAGUGCGGGGACAGCUCAGCUCCGCGUGAGGAGCGUCCUCCCAGAAGAGCUAUGGGGCCUGACUGGCUGUGAGGAAGGAGGGAGCGCCCUGUCUCAGGAGGUGAGCAAGCGGGACCUGAUCCCACCUGUGCGGUCGCAGGCAGGGGUGUGCAGCUUCCCGGCGAUGCGUCGUGCGGGCUCAGGUGGUUAGCGUCCCCCGGGGGAGCAUUGAGGGGGAGGGUGGGGGCUACUUCAUCUGGACAGCCUCCCACCAGGAAGGAGGCUGCUCAGGGGAGGAGGCCAGCCGCUUCCCUUCUCCAGAGUCUGGUGUUCAGGGCUCACCAGCAACCCCGCUCAGGAGACUCUGAACUGGGGUGUCUGGAUUCCCAGGAAGCACAGGCCCUUUGAGGGGUUCUUUCAUUUCUGAGACUCUGGUCGAAGCCUCUGUCGUUUGAGGCCGCAGUUCUGGGCCCGUUGGGCGAGCUUAGUGUCAGGCUUUGGGCUGUCAGCCCCUCCUGCUGCUUUAGUAGGACGUGUGGCCACUGGACCAGAUGAGUACACCCGUCUUAGCCCAGGCCCCUCAGGGUGGGUGGGAGUCAUUUCAGGACAAAAGACCCAGGGGGUUCCAUUCAGCUGCUAUUACAGUGAAGAUGGGAAAACCAUGGAAAUAAAUAGGAUAUGUAAGAUGAUAGCGCUCCUAGCCAAAUAAAUCAGUGAAGGAGGAGAGAGAAGCAGAGACGGACAGACAGGCAGGGGAGACAGGCCAUUCUUUCUCACGCCCAGCAGCGACAGUGUCCAAAGUGAUCAUUCAAGGAAGUUGAUUCUCACUUGAAAUCUGGAAGCACCAGCAUCCCUUAAAAUCGCUUUCCUCAUGUUCUGCAGUCCAGAAACCCUUUUGGUUUUGAGAAGGGCCCGGGGUCUCCACCUGGUGGUCUGGGCUGUGGCCCCUGACAUGGAGGUGGGCAGAAAGGAUUCAGCCAGGUCUUGGGACCUGUUCUGCCCCUUCCCAGCUCCUAACAGGGUCUCAGGAAAACAGGGGGCACCCACUCCCACCUUCAUCCUCCUCUACCCCUGAAUCCCCUAGAGGCCUGAAAAAGGCUCUUCCACUCAAGGGACUCGAUAGGGAGUCAAGACAUCUGUUCCUUUCACCCUGGGUCACUGCUCGUUGCUGUGUGAACCCCUCUGGUCUGACCCCCUCUGGACAAUUAAGGGGUUGACAGUCUCUGAGCAGGUACUGGCCUGCCUGUCAGGGCGGAACCAUCUCUGCCCUCUGGGCUUGGGAAAGCUAUGCUCGACAGCAGCCGAGGAAGAUGCAUCCUGACCCUGAACAGUGUUCUGCCCUCCUCGGGCUGAGGCCUCUGUGGUUCCCCCAGACGUAUGCAACCAGGCCCGGCGGGUGGAUCUCCUGGCCACGCUGGCCUUCACAUAUGCAAUAUUCCUCUGUCUUCUCAUGGGGAUCGUUCACCCCAGAAUUGACACCUCCUGACACCUGUCCCCCAGUGAGCGUCCUGCCUGCCUAUGCAUUUUGGGUACAGCCCCUGGGACAUGCCCCUUCCACCCCCCAAAAGCUGUAUUUUUCUCUGGCUGAGAUUGGAGCAUAUUCCUUGUAAAGUAUUUUUCUACUUGGGGUUUUCUUAGGGCUCUCGGGAAGCACAACAUGCCAAGGAGUGGCACUGUAAAGGCCACUUGGGGUCUCCUUGGGGCCCACGUGUACAUUUGCCCCACCGACUUGCAGUGACGUGGG